AACAACUCUUACUAAGAAUUUCGAUAGAGAAAUCUUUAUAUUAACUACUCUUAAGCGCCAUCUAUUAAAUUUAUUCUAAAACAGGAAAUCAACAUAACCUUUUUGCACACUUGCCUUUUUGUUAAUAAAUAAAGGGAAAUAUUCUGUUUCCUCAGAUUUCACAAAAUUUAUUGAUAAGUACUUCUAAACCGGAUGCGUAACCUAGACGAGUGAAUCUAAAAAACCGACUGAAAUGGGAAAAACCAAGAAAACUCGCAAAAUUGCGCAAAGGCGCUUUGCCAAAAUGAAGACUAUGAUAAGUCCCAGUGACCCUAGAAUAAAAGAAUCAAUGAGAGCACCCCCAAGAAAGAAAAAACCGGAAGAUCCUCACGCUAUAAAAGUUCAUGAAGCCCCUCAAGUCAGUUCAGCACUGUUCUUCCAGUACAACACGCAGUUGGGGCCACCUUACCACAUUUUAGUUGACACAAACUUCAUCAACUUUUCUAUAAAGAACAAAUUAGACAUAAUCCAAAACAUGAUGGACUGUCUGUAUGCAAAAUGCAUACCAUACAUUACAGAUUGUGUUCUUGGAGAAUUAGAAAAACUGGGACAGAAAUAUCGUGUGGCACUCCGAAUUAUAAAAGAUCCUCGUUUUGAGAGGAUCCACUGCAUGCAUAAAGGUACUUAUGCAGAUGAUUGUUUAGUUCAAAGAGUGACACAGCAUAAGUGUUAUAUUGUGGCUACAAAUGAUAAGGACUUGAAACGGAGGAUUAGGAAAAUACCUGGUGUGCCUAUAAUGUACGUUUCUCAACAUAAGUAUACAAUAGAAAGAAUGCCAGAUGCUUAUGGGGCACCAAAAUAGAUUUUUUUUUAUAAAUUUUAUUAAAAUAAUACUUAAAAACAUAAAUAUUCUUAUCACUG